CUCUCAGACACAUUUAAUAAACCUGAACAUCUCUUUCCGCAUAAGUCUGAGCAGCCAGGCACAGCAUGAAUUCGCUGCCGCUGAAGUUUAUAUUCCAGCUAUUCAGGCUGUUAUUCUUCAAAGGAUUGUUCCCCUUAGAUGGACACGGUCGGCGAGUAGCAUAGAAUGGGCAUCACAUCGAUGGAGGUCCUGAGUCUUGUCCUAGGGAUCCUCUCCUUUGUAUCUUUUAUUGUGUGCAGCACUACAGACUGUUGGAGGCAAGAUGCCAAGGAUCCUUACUCCUCCGUAGGGUUGAGCUCUCGGUGCCGUGGCUUAUGGAGUGAGUGUGUCUACGAUAAUAUGGCCAAUAUUUGGACCUGUGAUAUUCCCAUUUCCUAUCUUAGUGAGCACCCAGUGGUGCUUGUGGUCACCCGUGCGCUGGUCAUCGUAAAUGGCAUCCUAAGCAUUGCUGCUAUACCAGUACUGGUCCUGGGAAUGAAGUGCACCAGUAGUGUCCACAAGGAAGGUGACCCCAAGAUGUGGCUCUCUAGAGCUGCUGGAGUAAUGCUGCUUUUAGGUGGUGUUUCUGGAGGAGUUGCAGUUUUCUGGUUUGGUAUCGACACAACAUUAAAAUACAGAACAGAGGUGGUUCUGGCAGUUCCAGGGAUUACAUAUGAACUGGGGUAUUCCUACUGGUUUGCAGCCGCUUCAGCCGCAUUCACCAGUAUUCCAGCUUUACUCAUUAUUUGUGUAAACUUUAGAACAAAGAUGAGGGCAAAACCCAGUGGUGCCACCUCAUGUCGAAGCUCCAGCAAAGCUAUAACCUAUCUAUAACUAUGUGCCUCGCUUCUCCAAAGCUAUGGUCAGAUAUGCGUAAAUGUGUAAGGACUAGAAAGACCCGGCAUAGAGCUGGUGGAAAUAUCUUGACUUUCCUAUGUAAUUAUUGGGUCUUAUUAUAUGACACGUAGAAGUGUAAUUCAGUUUUGGUAAAAUAUAAUCCACUGCAUUGAUGACCAUUGUGAGAACUAGAUUCACGCACGGUACACCUGGAUAUUUGUCAAGUCCACAGAUGACUUGACAAAUAUCCAGGUGGAUCAAAACGUCUUCUGCGUCUGUGGUUACCUGUUUUGUCGGAGUGAAAUAAAAUUCACUUCUUAUUGAGCAUCCAUUAUAUUGUACAGUAGAGACAUGUCUGACCCGUCUCCAUGUAUCAC